UUUGAACUUCUUGUCUAGAUUCCUAUCUUCUUCCCACUCAGAUCCUUUCUUCUUACCUCUUAACAGAAUACUGCCAUUGUAAGGGAAUUCAUCUAAAUACCAGACAAUUAUAGAAAGCCAAGAGCUAUGGCCAGUGAGGCACCGAGUUGGGCAGAUCAAUGGGGUGCUGGAGGAUUUGGUGCCAUGGAGGAAGAUGAAAACGCGACCAGCAAAGACAAAGGUGACAAAGAAGAAGAAGAAGAAGAAGACGGCAUCUGCUGGAGGACUCGGCAAAGCAAAAGCGGCAGCAGUGGCCGGAGCAGGAAAGGUCAAGAGGGGAACAUCCAUGGGCAUCAAAUGGAUCAAGAACCAGUGCCAGAAGAAAAAACCAUCCCCUACCGAAUAGACCAUCAAAUGGAUCAACCUAUCAGGAGGCUUUUCUAUUUCAAUCAGACUCUGUUCCCUCCAAAUACUAGCAGCCUUCACAAGGUUUCCCAGCACAGUAUCUAUCUAUUCUGUUCUUAAUCUCUAAAUCGAGGGGAAAUUAAAAAAAAAAUGGAAAUCCUACAA